AUGUCGAACAGAGUUAUUAUCGGAGGUGUUGCUGUUGCAGCAGCCGGAUAUUUGUUGUACGAACGUCAAGUUCAGUUGAAACAACAGCAAAAUGGGGCUGUUCCCGUGUCUCCAGUUGUUCACGACCAAAGUACAUUUGAAAGGAAAGGUGCCAAGACUGGUGCGAAAUUGGACGAUUUAACCACUGAUGUGAAGGACAAAAUGUCACAAUACAAGAAUGAGGCCGAUUACAAGUUCCAAGACAUUGCCUCGCAGGUUGAGGGCAAGAAAGCUGGCAUCGCUGAUUGGACCGUGGAAAAAUUAGAUCAAGCAAAGAACACGAUUGAAGAUUCACGUGACAAGUACAGAGACAAUAAGCACACUCUAAGAGAGAACGUUCAGGAAUAUGAAAACAAGGACAAGCCAAACGCUGUCGUUCAAGUCUACAAGGACACGAAGGGUGCUAUUUCCACUGAUCUCGGUAACAUCAAGGAAGGUUUCAUCGAUGACCUGAAAAGUGUGAAGUCCGCAAUCGUUGGUACUGGCAACCAAGUGCAAGACACAGUUCACCAGAAUGUGAACGAAAUAGCUGACAGAAGCUCGCAGAAGAUCGACGAUACCAAAGAAUCCGUAUCCAAGGCUGCUGCUAGCAGUAAGCAAACCGUGAACGAAGCUGCUCAGAAUGCGAAGGACACGUCAGUCAGUAUUUUGAACUGGGGCUACAACAAGGCUGAGAAGGCUCGUGCUCAAGCUAUCAACAAUUACGAUAAUGCAAGCAAAAAAUACCAAGAGUUGGAAGAAAGGUUCAACGAGUCAAAGAAGGGCCUUUUCGGUAAAGGUGACCCAGAAUUGCAAAGGCAAGUUGAUCAGGCUAAGGCGUACGUGGAAGAUGCCAAGAGAAGAGUGGAUGAAGCCACUAGGGAAUUCUCUGAGAAGACCACCAAUGACUUCAACAAGCUGGCCAACCAAGUACACGACAACGAAGAAGAGCUGAGACGUAAAGGGUUCUUGAGUUGGUUAAGAGGUAAGGCCGACGCGGAGGUUGUUGAUCCAGACUCUAUUGCCAGCCAUAGUGUUUCUGGAUGGGGUGAAACUGCCGAACUCUUAGCAAAGGAAGAGAUGGAGGAGAAGGUGAGGAACAGACAAAUAGGACCAAGUGAAGCUCAAAGAAGAUUGGAUCGUUUCAAGAAAAUCAAGGAAGACGGUUGGUUCACCUACAAGGGUAAGGACGAAGAGUUCCUGGCUCAAAAGGCUGCUAAGGCCUUGGAAGGUUGGGGUGAAACCGCUUCCACCAUGGCCCAAGAAGAAUACGAAGACUUGGUAAGAUGGAGAGAAGCCGGUAAGAAGAGAUACCAAGCUUCCGCUUCUACCGCUCGUGAUGACGCCCAAAGGGCUGCAGACGCUGCCAAGAAGUCAUUGGAAGAUGCCCGUGCUGAAUUGAACAAGCACACAAAGCACUGGUGGCAAUUCGGUGCUGAAAAGAAUGAGGAACUACAAAAAGCUGCCAAGGCCAAAUACGAAGAUGCUGAAAAGAAUUACCAAUCUGCGGUUAAUACCGUAAACGACUGGGCUGACAAGGCUACUGGUAAGUUCUGGAGUAGUACAGACGACGCCUUGCAUACUGCCAAGCAAGCUGCUGCCGGUGUUCACGAAUCCACUCAAAAGGGACUAGAUAAGGCACAAAACUACGUACAAGAGAAGAAAUAA